GAUUUUAAACAGUGAGUUUAAGAGUCUGGGUUUCACCCACACUGUGCCUAAGAAGUUCAUCUUUCAAGUCCUAGGUUUCUCUUUCCUAGGGCCCAGAGCCCAUCAGUCCCCUGCUGCACACUGGUGGCAGGCGGUUCCGGCAUACCUGGGAGAGGAACAGCAGACAUAAAGCCUCUGAGCCUGGGACUAACCACUGCUUCUGUUCUCAGCAGGAGACCGAACACAGAGACCUGAAAAGAUGAUGCUGGAUCUUCUGGGACGCUUUCCUCUUCUCCUGUUGCUGCUGGGUUUAUGGGGGCCAGUGUGUCCACUUUGUGCCCAGCCUCCACCCCUCACCAGGGCCCAGUGGUUUAAAAUUCAGCAUGUAAGGUCAAGCCUUGUCAAUUGCAACAGGGAAAUGAAUGGUGUUAAUAAUUAUACUCAGAACUGUAAGUCUCGCAACACCUUUCUGCAGGACUCCUUCAAGAGCGUGUCUGAUACCUGUCUUUUGCCCAACAUUACCUGCAAAAAUGGUCUGCAUAACUGCCACAAGAGUCAACGGCCCAUUUCUAUGACUAACUGCAGUCUCACAGCAGGGAGGUAUCCCAACUGCAACUACAAAACUUCUUACCCGCAGAAAUUCUACAUUAUUGCCUGUGAUCCCCCUCAGCAGGGUGACCCUCCCUAUCCGUGGGUUCCUGUACACUUAGAUAGCAUUUUUAGAAGUUCGCAUCACUUUCCCUCUCACUCAGCACGGGUUCUCUUAUGAUCUCCUCUGCUAUUUCUAUUCCUUUGUUGAUUUCCAUGGUUCCCAUAGAAGAAAGAAGGAGGGUACUGGGGGAAUCACAUGCCAAGGAUGCGAGACCAAUGUUGGGGACAAACAGAAAUGGAAUUCUCUUCUUCUGUGGAGCUCUGUGUGUUUUGAAAGAAGGCAAUAGGGAAGAGGACAAAGAAAGACACAGGCCUCCAUAUUUUUAAUCUCGGAACUUCUGCUAAGCUUUGCUGCACUAUGUUCAUAGCAAUAAAACCACUUUCUUUUGCAUUGUAA